CAUUACUGUACUGAACGGAUUUAAUGAAACUGGUCGGUUAAGUUCAGUUUCGGACUCAGUUUCGCGUUUCUAGAAAAAACUUGCCUCAGAAGCAGCUUUUUUAUUACGUAAACAAAACUUGCAACCAUUCAUUUUUAAUAAACAGAUUUACAUGAAGUAAAUUUAUAACUGGACGUGAUAUUAUCAGCGUAUAAAUCAGUAUUCAGUCAUCUUGAAGAGUUUCUGCCUCAUAACUGAAAGAUGUUAAAAGCGGUUAUCCUAAUUGGGGGUCCUCAAAAAGGUACCAGGUUCCGCCCCCUGUCAUUCGAGGUGCCCAAACCACUGUUCCCCGUGGCAGGGGUUCCCAUGCUGCAGCAUCACAUAGAAGCCUGUGCUCAAGUUCCUGAUAUGAAGGAGAUAAUACUCACAGGGUUUUUUCAACCCAAUGAUGAGCUAAACCGCUUCAUUUCUUCUGCCCAGCAGGAGUUUAAAAUCCAAAUAAGGUACCUGCAGGAGUUUGCUGCCCUGGGUACAGGUGGUGGGAUCUAUCACUUUCGUGACCAGAUCCUGUCUGGGGGUCCGGCUGCAUUUUUCCUAAUGAAUGCUGAUGUAUGCUCCGAGUUCCCCUUGCAGGAAAUGCUCCGGUUCCACCGUCAACAUGGCGAGAAUCAUUGCGGAGUCUUACUGGGAACUACAGCCAAUAGAACACAGUCUCUGAACUACGGCUGCAUUGUGGAAAACCAUGAGACAAAUGAGGUGCUCCAUUUUGUGGAGAAACCCAGUACUUUUGUAAGUGACAUUAUCAGCUGUGGCAUCUAUUUGUUCACACCAGAUAUUUUUGGUCAUAUUGGGAACAUUUUCCAGAGGAACCAGCAAGAGAGGAUCCAGGAAGAGCUCACUAAUGGCAAGCAGAUGCCAGAGGUGAUUCGGCUAGAACAGGACAUCUUUACAACCCUAGCGGGACAGAAAAAACUCUUUGUCUACAAAACACAGCAUUUCUGGAGUCAGAUAAAGUCUGCAGGGUCAGCAAUAUAUGCGAGUCGUUUGUACCUCAAGCAGUAUCAUAAGACACAUCCUGAGCGACUGGCUACAAACCAAGAUGGAACCCCCAAAAUUAUUGGGGAUGUUUAUAUCCACCCUACCUCAAACAUUGAUCCCUCUGCUGUGUUGGGUCCUAAUGUUUCCAUUGGCAAAGGGGUGACCAUUGGAGGAGGCGUAAGAGUGAGGGAGUCCAUUGUUUUACAUGGAGCUGUGUUACAGGAUCACUGUUGUGUGUUGAACAGUAUUGUUGGGUGGGACAGUACAGUGGGGAAAUGGGCAAGAGUGGAAGGAACUCCAAGUGACCCCAAUCCCAACGACCCGUAUGCCAAGAUUGACAGCGAGACUCUGUUCAGAGAUGGAGGUCUUACCCCAUCCAUCACCAUCCUUGGCUGCAAUGUGAAUAUUCCAUCAGAGGUCAUCAUUCGAAACUCUAUCGUCUUGCCUCAUAAAGAUCUCAACAGGAGCUUCCAAAACCAGAUUAUCCUAUAGAAGACACUUUCCUUUAAUGCAUUUCUGAAUAAACACUGUAAAAUAGGUCAUAUAGAAAGUAAAUAGCCUAAAGAUUGCACAUAGUAUUGUUUAUUAUUAUUUAAUGUUUAUCAUUGUGUAUGUAUUUGAUAGUUACAGUUCUGAGAAAAGGAAUCCACUUGUGUGGUUAAAAUGUAUUGCAGUAAUAAUAUGGUUCAUUGAGGUAUUUUCCUGAUUAUUUUAGGGAUGGGAAUUUUGUAUUUAAUGGCUCAUCCUAUGUAUGCCUUACAUACACACAGUAACACAACACUAGAUUUUAGUGUUAUUUUACUUAUAUUUCUUAAUUACAAAUCACACAUACCUGUAUUGCCUUUUCAUUAAAUUAAGGAGUAAGCAAACAAGUAUUUUUUUUUAGAAACUGACAGAUUUGAAGACAUAUUUUUGGCAGGAGUGGAAAAGGAUGGUGAUAAGGUUUAGUUUUUUAACAAAAAAGGUUAGGGGUUUUUCAUUAUUCCUCUUUUCUGUUGCAAUCAUGUAUUAAAAUCACCAGAUUUUACAACAUGUGGAGUUUUAUUAUGACAAAUUGAUGAGUCCCCUUUGAGCACAAACUGAAUUGCUUUUAUAUUUUAUUUGAUUUAGAAAAGAUCUUAUCACUUUACAUUUCUUGGAUGAAUCUCUCUGGC